AUGCAUAACAACGUACAAUCGAGAAGGCAGUAUAUAUUCUACGAUGGCCGCCAUACUUCCCUCCUACUCUGAUCCCAAUCCUAAGCAUCAUCACCAACAUACUAUCUGUAAGCAGUAUCAAAGCAACACCAAGACAUUAUCUUUCAGUAAGUGAACAGACUUAAAGUCAAUUUAUUCAAUUUAGAAAUUAUGGCUUCGAUGGCUCAUUUCCAAGGCCGACUUUACUGCAUGCCGCAUCACCGGCUGACAUGCUGGGAAUGUCUGCACAGUAUCAAUGCCGGCAUUAGCGGUCAUAUACCGAAUCCAGAAACCCAAAGCGGGAUACGCUGUAAACAGUCUGCAUUUAUUGUUGAGCCGAAGUUUGAAAUGUUUCACAACACUUCUGCAAUCCUAGGUUUUCACUGUGGACUGAGUCCAGAGGACCAGGUUAAACUCGCGGACCAUAUGUUGCCUCAGUUUCAUACGGAAUUUAAUAACCAGCCCUGCGAAGACUGUAGGUUAUGCUAUUUUAGCCCGGGUGGCCAAUUAACGACCCAUCCGUCCCAUAUUUGCACGAACAUGGAGCGAUAUGUUCAAGUCGCAAUUAGGCCUUAUAAGUUUUCGCGCACCUCUAACCAGAUCGAAUGUUCAGCAACAUUCUUCUUCGGCGAAUUUUACCCUGCCUCGCCGAUGACGGCUUCCUACGUUUCUAAGUCAAAACCCGACGAGUGUAGCAUGGAUUGGAAUCUCGAUAAUGCGGAGAUCGCAAGUGUAGUCGAGUGCCUUCGUCAUGUCGAGAAAAAACUCGUUCCAUAUCGAAAGAGUCUCGUUAAAGAUUAUCUUUAUACCAACAGCGAAUAUUUUGCUGGUAAAUCAUGGCGGUUUCAACUCGUGGUCUAUACUCAACUUAAUGAGCAUGUACUGAAGACAUUGCUUGAAGCUCAUAAGCUAAAAUUCAGCAAAAGUCGAAAGGCCUAUAUCGACAGAAACACUAUCGGCCUUGCGAAAAAGGUCUUCCCUGCAUCCGAAGAGAGACGAUACCGAAUUUCGUCGUUCAUUUACCGGAUUAACAAACUAGCUUUGUUGGGAAUCCAGGUAUUUUUUGUCCACACGGAACGAGACCCAGACCAUAUUAAGGCAAGGCGCUCCUUUUGGGAGCAGCCCAAAGGCCAAGUAUUCCCACAAGCGGCCUUUAAUGAGUCAGAGUAUAAUGAUGACCAAGGGCAAUACGACGAGGAACUGCGGGAAGAUGAUCUCCUAGACGGAGAUGACUUGCGUGAUCCAACAGGACAUGCUGGUUUUGAGUCCGUCGAGACUUCGACACAUCAUCAGUCGGGUGGGAACAUCUUUGAUUCCCCUUAAAGGUUCGU